GCUUCAUUCAGCCGCCACAAGCAUUACUAAUCUGACGCUCGAACCAAUAACAACGUGCAUUGUUAGUUCAAAUUACAUGCAAUGUACGAAAUAAAAGAUAAGGUUUUCCUGGUUACUGGUGGCGCUAGUGGAAUUGGUGCAGGAAUUGUGAGAACAGUUUUGGAUCAUGGUGCAAAGAAUGUCAUUGCCUUAGAUAUUGACGUCGUUCAAGGAAAGGCGCUGGAAAAAGAACUGAACAAUAAACAUGGAAAGAAUAAGGCGAAAUUCAUUGAAUGUGACAUCACAACACAAUUGCAAAACGCUUUCGACAUUGCGACUAAAGAAUAUGGAUACAUCGAUGUUGUUAUUAAUAAUGCAGGGAUUAUGAACGACAGUCCAAGAUCAUAUGAAAAAGCAAUAGCUGUUAAUGUGACCGCAUUGAUAACGAGUACUCUAAAAGCGUUUGAAUGGAUGCGCAAGGAUCAGGGAGGAAAGGGUGGUACGAUUAUCAAUAUUUCUUCUAUUGUUGGAUUAAUGCAAACACCGUUAUUACCUAUAUACAGUGCAACGAAAAGUGCAGUGUUACAAUUCAGCAACUGCUUUGGGAUGGAGCCAAAUUUCCAAUCAUUCGGAGUCCGUGUUGUAACUGUAUGCUUCGGUACUACUGACACAUCUCUGUUGGAUCCACGAAAACUUGGUGGUUUUAUAAAAGAUAUCGAUGAAAAUAUAACGAUCGGUAUAAACAAACUGCCUCUGCAAAGUGUGCAGUCUGCGAUCGAAGGUCUUCUAACCGCGUACAGAAAUGGAAAUAGCGGAAGCACUUGGCUCGUGACCUCAAACAGGCCAGCUGAAGAAAUAACGGAAAAUGUUAAAAACGCAUACAAAACGUUAAGUCAGGGAGUAUUCUGAACAAAAGGUCGUUAGAUUGUAUACAGGUUGUUACUUUAUUCAUACAAAUUGUAUUCAUAAGAAAUAAUAAUUAAUAGAAGGAAGUUUUUUUAGUAAUAAGUACCUAUUUAUGUAUGAAGAGUCAGUAAUGUUAUGGGGAAAAAGUUAAUU